CAUCGAGCUGCACAAACGAGUAGUUCAGUCAACGUUUCGCUCUCUGAACGUGACAAUGUCUACUUACCGCUGCUCUCAGCUGCUGUUUUUAUGCGUUUUGCUCGGCAUUUGUGCUAUGAGCCAUACGCAAGUCUCCGGAUGCGCUAAGAAUGGACAGUAUUGUCAAAUGCAUCGGCAAUGCUGCUCUGGCAGGUGCAUGACUUAUACCUACAAGUGCGCGCCUAGAGUCCCGCACAUAUUGUACAAUAACAAAGAUAGUCCAACGGGUCUCGACUACCUACCUGAGUUCCAUCGCAAUAGUGUACAAAAUGAUCUUGUUACACUGAACGAUAUAUACAAGAUCCAAUCAACGGAGAAAGUGGGCAACGCUCAUGAUUCAUCCAAUCCUCCAAGCAGUGACAGUUGCUUGUCCGUCGGCCAACCCUGCUCAGAAAGCCGUCAAUGCUGUAGAAAACGCUGUCACACCUAUCUCCAUAAGUGCGUCACAUAAUGAAGCAAUCUUAUGCAAUAAAUCAUUAUUUUUAUAUAUAAAUAUAUACCGCUUUG